AUGUUUGCCAAGAUUGCGGACCGGGUUGAGAGACAUGGACCACUGAAUCAGCUGAUCAUAUAUUUCAGGCGUCAGUGGAUGGAGCAUCAAGUUUUCGAGCCAUCUACGUGGAGUGCUUACCGCGUGACCAUCCGCACCAACAACCACAGCGAAGGAUGGCACCGACGGAUGAAUAGCAAGGUUGGGGAGCAAGCUCUGGGUAUUUAUAGACUUAUACCAGAGCUACACCGAGAAGCUGCCCUCCUGCAGAUCCAGACACGCCUAAUCUUGGAGGGGAGACUCAAGUCCUACCUAAGAAAAGCUGUAACAGCACGUCAGGAAGAGAUCUUUGCCGUCUGGAGAAUGUACAAACGAACAGACCUGACACUCAGCCAGCUGCUCUCCAGAUCCCAGAUCCCAGAUCUCAACACUCCUUGUCUGGUUAUUGGCCACAGCUGCAAGAGAACAAUGCCAUCUGAAAAUCACCAGUACGUUGACAAUGUGCCCAGGGUAAAUGAAGCCACAGACUCUCUGGCACCAGAGGAUGAAGACAUUUGUAACCAAAGCACCUGUUUCACACAAACAGGAAAUGUCAUAUAUGGUGUUGAUGAGCUGCCGAGCCCAGUCCUGUUGCCGUUGUUUGGCAUUCAGCAACUGAUGAUGUGCAUUGGUGGAGUGAUAUCAAUCCCUCUUCUUACCUGCACAGUCAUUUGUGCAGGUGAACUUCCAGAGGUGAAGGCUCGGAUUCUCAGCAUAUCGCUCUUUGUGUGCGGUAUAGGAACCAUUCUCCAGAAUAUGUUCGGAGUCAGAUUACCAAUAAUCCAAGGUUCGUCUGCAAAUUUUUUGGCAGCAAUUAUCUCAAUGACGUCGACAGACAAAUGGAAGUGUCCUGUUGAAGGAACAUCACCACACCAAGCUAACGGGACUAACGACAUGCCUUGGGUAGUCCUGGUGCGAGAGAUUCAGGGUAACUCCAUGCUGGCAUCUCUGACACAGAUUGUGUUGGGGGCAACAGGUGUCCUUGGUUUACUGCUGAGAUUCAUAGGGCCACUGACCAUCGCUCCAUCUAUUGCACUGGUUGGCCUGUCUCUCGUCCCGCUUGUGGCCACCAUGUGUCAAGACCAGUGGGGCAUCAGCAUUGGUACGAUGGUCCUUGUGGUAUUUUUCGCCUUGUUCCUGGGGACAUUCCAAAUUCCUAUUCCAGUUUAUACGAGAACGAAACGGUGCCACACAGAACGUUAUCCUUUGUUCCAGCUAGCUCCGGUUCUGCUUUCCUUCGUCGUCAUGUUGACCCUCUGUUGCGUGCUGACAAAAACAGGCGUGUUUCCUAGCAACAGCACAGACCCUGGUUUCCAGGCCAGGACAGAUUCAAGACUCCAUGUCGUGAAGGAUGCCCCGUGGUUUUACUUCCCAUACCCAGGCCACUUGGGUUGGCCCACUAUCAGUGCUGCCGGAUAUGUGGGGAUGUUGGCAGCUACCAUCGCCUCCAUCAUAGAGUCUGUCGGAGACUACUUUGCUGCUGCCCGUGCCUGCGCCGUCCCUCCUCCCCCCUCGCAUGCAGUAAAUAGGGGGAUUAUGAUGGAGGGGCUUGGAUGCCUGAUAGCCGGCAGUGUUGGUGCUGUGCAUGGGAUAACAUCUUACAGCGAAAACAUUGGAGCGUUAGUUGUAACCAAGGUUGCAAGCAGGUCUGUCGUCAUCACGGCAGGUGUCAUGCUGACUGUGUGUGGCAUGCUGGGUAAAUUCGGUGCUGUGGUCAGCCUCAUUCCUACUCCAGUGAUUGGUGGCGUGGCCCUAGUGACAUUCGGAAUGGUGGUCGCUGUCGGUCUGUCUACUCUGCAGUUUGUGGAUUUGUCUUCAUCGCGGAACCUCAUGGUGCUUGGUCUGGCGUUGAUGUUAGGGAUGAUACUACCUCAGUGGGCGAAAAACAACCCCAAAGCUAUUGACACAGGUAAUGAAGAAUUGACCCACAUCUUGAAGGUCCUUCUUGGAACUCCCAUGCUGGUGGGCGGCAUGGUUGGGUGCAUCCUCGACAACAUAGCUCCAG